CUGAAUAUGUGCAGGGUUCCUCACCCCCUGCAACACGCCUGCUCUCACCAAGCCUCCAGAGGAUGCCACAUCGCUUGCCCAGCACAUCAGCCUGGCCAGGAUCCCUGCCUCUGUGGAUACGGUCAUGCCCCCAGCCCUCCCCGCCUCUACUGAGAAGGGGUGGGGAGUGCUGACGCUCUUCCUCUCCUGGGCUGGAGACUGGCUGAUAAGAGCUCUGCAGCUAACUCUGGCCUGUGGCUGGCACCAUGAAGGACGAUGUGGCUCUUCUGGCGACCGUCACCCUCGUGGGAGUUCUGAUGCAAGCCUACUUCUCCCUGCAGGUCAUCUCCGCGCGAAGGGCUUUCCACGUGUCGCCGCCGCUCACCUCUGGCCCUCCCGAGUUCGAGCGCGUCUUCCGAGCCCAGGUGAACUGCAGCGAGUACUUCCCGCUGUUCCUCGCCACGCUCUGGGUCGCCGGCAUCUUCUUCCACGAAGGCGCCGCAGCCCUGUGCGGACUGUUCUACCUGUUCGCGCGCUUCCGAUACUUCCAAGGGUACGCGCGCUCGGCGCAGCUCAGGCUGGCUCCCCUGUACGCGAGCGCGCGCGCACUCUGGCUGCUGGUGGCGAUGGCUGCGCUGGGCUUGCUGGUCCAUUUCCUCCCCGGUACGCUACGCGCUGCGCUCUUCCGACGGCUCCAGGUGCUCCUGCCGAUGACCUGAGGCGAAGGACUUCCAGAAGACUUUAGAGCAAAAUGCUGGGGUGCCCGCCUCCGAAUCUCAGUUUCUAAUUAAAGUUCCCAUGGCUGA